AUGGCACAACCUCAACCACGAAUUCCAAAAGGACGUCUGAAUGUACAUGAGGAUGUGGUCAUGGCUGCAGCUGAUUCCGAGAAGCUUCAAACGCUUGCUCAGAAAUUGGCCUCAAAGCACUACUCAACGUACAGUCUUCCUGAUAUUGAUGUUGACGAACCUGUUGGGGAAGAAGAACAACUAAAGCUUCGACCAGUGAAUCUCACUGACUUGCUCCGUCUUUGCUCCCAAGCUCGCUUCGAAACCUUUGAAUCUUUCCUUGGUGCUCCUGCACUUGACAAGAUUGAAAAGAUUGGAGAAGCCACGUUCUCGCAAGUCUUUCAAAUUCCCUUGGUUAAUGCUACAGUCUUGUCUAACAUCAAGAGCUUCAGCUCUCGUGCUAUUCCUCCCACUGCUGCUGUUAAGAUCGUGCCCUUCGGCGGCGAGUCGCAGCAAACGCUUAGCGAGAUGUAUCAAGAACUUCGUAUCACUGGUGAAAUGUCUGAUAUUGCCUCUGAAUACGGAGCUGGAUUUGUUCGUGUCUUGAAAAUGGGAGUUGUACGUGGCGCUUAUCCUCCUCAACUCAUUGAAGCCGUAGAGAAAUAUUCACGACGUCGUGGCAAGAAAGCUCAAUCAGCUGCUGCACAAGUCAAGACUCAAAAGUAUGCAGUUCUCGUACUUGAACACGCCGGACUCAAUCUCGCUGAAGGUCCUCAACUCACCUGGACUCAAACUUGUGGUGUCAUUGGCCAAAUCGUACUCUCUCUGGCUAUUGCCGAACAAUCCUGCAAGUUUGAGCACCGAGAUCUUCAUUGGGGUAACAUGAUGGCCAAGAUUGACAAGAAUGAAAAGACACGUCGUCUUGUAACUUCUGACUGCAACACCGUAUAUGAUGUCAAAACUGGCGGCAUGCACACCACCAUCAUUGAUUAUACUCUGUCUCGUCUUGAAAUUAAUGGUGACUUUUCUCAGCUAUGUGCUGUUCCUUUGACUGAUGAAGUAUUCUUUACUGGUUAUGGUGACUUCCAAUUUGAAAUCUACCGCUUGAUGCGCUCUGAGAAUGGUGGAGACUGGCUCAAGUUUACUCCCAAGACCAAUAUCUUUUGGAUCUGGUACCUCGUCGACAAACUCCUUGUAUGGAAGUACAAGCCAUUCGCUAAACAACGUGGCGUCCCACUAAGUGUCGGUCGCAACCGGCGUACUCUUGAACUCUUCAUCAACCGUAUCCCCAACUAUGGAUCUGCUCAAGAACUCUUGGAAGAUCCAUUCUUCAAACGUGUUAUUACUCGUACCGAUAUCUCUCAAUUCGCAACUACAAGCAAGGAUGAACCCAUGUCUAUCACUGCUUCGACUAAAGCUGUGAUGACUGCUUUGGCUACUCGAAUGUCUCGUUUUAUGCACUUGGAUUGA